CAUUUGCAUGCGCCAAUGGGAGCGGGGUAUGCAAACGAGGGCGGCGCGGGUUGGCCGGGGCGGGCGGGGCAGCGCGCGCGGGGCGCCUUUGUCCGGCUCGGGCGGCGCGGCCGGAGCGCGGUGUCCGAGCGCUGCCCGUGCCCGGUGUCCGGGCUGUGCCCGUGUCCGUCCGAGCGGUGUCCGCCCUGCCCGCUGUCCGCCCGAGCCCCGAGCGGCCGUGUCCCCGCGAUGACUCUGGAGGAGCUGCCCGGGGAGCGCCGCGCCGCCGGGAGGAUGGAGCAGGCGGGCGACGCGCUCGAGGAGGUGCUGAGCAAGGCGCUGAGCCAGCGGAGCCUCACCCUCGGCGUCUACGAGGCGGCCAAGCUGCUCAACGUGGACCCCGAUAACGUGGUGCUGUGCCUGCUGGCCGCCGAGGAGGAGGAGGCGGGGGACGCGGCGCUGCAGAUCCACUUCACGCUGCUGCGGGCCUUCUGCUGCGAGAACGACAUCAACAUCCUGCGCGUCAGCAACCCGGCGCGCCUGGCCGAGCUGCUGCUGCCCGCCGCGGGCCCCGACCCGCCCGCCGACCUGCACUGCGUGCUCGUCACGAACCCGCAGGCGUCGCAGUGGAAGGACCCGGCGCUGAGCCAGCUGAUGUGUUUCUGCCGGGAGAGCCGGUACCUGGACCAGUGGGUGCCGGUGGUCAACCUGCCCGAGCGGUGACCCGCGCCCCGCCGCCGCUGGACUCUGCUCAGGAAGGAACUCCUGCCCUGCUCCGCCAGGGCAGGGGGCAAAACAAAACCCACGGCAGCAACGACAAAAAAAAUAAUAAUAGAUAUAAAAUAAUAAAGCUCUAAGUGAUGUCAGCUGGGGGGGUUCGGCUGGAGCUGUGGAAAACAGGGGUGAGCCCAGCCCGACGCCCUCCCCAGAGCUCCCCUCACUCCUUCUGUCCUUAAGUGCCACUUAAAGUUCCUGCUUUGAACACCUUAACGAGCAAACAAGGUUGAUCGAGGCCUUUUGCCAGCAAUGUUGGUGUAUUUUUGGGAUGUAAUUCUCACGUUUUUAUGCUAAGAUAUAUAAUAAUAAUAAUAAGUUAUUUUCUGAUAUCGAUGGAAUAAUUAUUUAUACUUGGAGGUCUGAGAACCGAAACGCCCUCGAGCAGUUGGUCUGCAACCACGACUCUUCUCCCAGUUGGCUGCAAAAGCAGCGCCAUUAAUAUAAUUGUUUGAAAUUCGAGUGUUUUCUGGGCUUAUGGUGUUCUUGUUUUGUGUUUUCUUUUUUUGAAAUAAAGUGUAAAAUCAAA